AUGCCUCAUUGUCAAGCCGAUAACAAUGCAUACACCAGAACACCCCCUGCCCUACCCGGCUUAGCGGAAGGAUGCUUCUAUCCUCCAUCUUAUCGCGCGCGCCCGAAUGCGCACUGUCCAUGCGAUGGCCAGUCAAGUGCUUCCGCCUCUGUGUUGAAGACAAGCCCCAACCCUGGCAACGCGUGGACGGCCCGAAUGGAGGCUGCCCGUGAGGGCUACUCGUCUAGCUGCCGGCUUUUUCGAGGUUUUGAAGGCCCGCCUUCAAAACGGGUGGGUUUGUCAGUGGCAAAGAACUUUUGA